AUUUUGGAUGUCAUGGUGUGUCACGGGAUGUCACGUUAAACUUCUGAAAAUUAUAGUUUUAUUGGAGAAAGCAAAAUUUUCGAAAAUCAAAUCGAUAUAAGCAUCUAUCUGGGCCAUGGAUAAACCAGCACGUUACAAAGGCAAAAACAAAAAACCUGCCGUCAAACCAAAAACUGCAAAGAAACGCAAAAGCGAAGGUCCAACUUGUUCAAUGUUCCUGGCAGAACUCACAAGGAAAUUAGCGAUGAAAAAGAAACAAGAAGAAGAGUCUCCCAAAAAUAUUGUUCAGACCAUCAUAGAAAGCAUCACAAAUGCAUUACCAAUAAAAUUUUCGAAAAGAACACCGCCAAAGAAAGAUUCCCCGAUGAAAAUCGAAACGCUUCAAUCAUUCGCUCCCGAACUCAUAUCGAAGGAUACCGUGGCCUUACCACCUUUAACAGGGAUACUUAUUGAUGAUGAACCUAUUGAAGAAAUGGAUAUAGCAUCGCACAAAUCAGCAUUCAAGAUGCCUAAAAUGCCUUUGGUUAAUAGCGAAGUGCUAAAGAUAGCAGUUGAUAAAAGAAGACGAGCUAUGAUGCAAGACGCAUCUGUAAACACUGGGUGUGAACAUGAUGUAGCCAGUGAAAUAGAGAAACAUGUCGGGACUUUAAAAAAGAUUUCUCUAAUUGCAGAGGAAUUUAAUCAAAAAACAGCUAAGAGUUUAAAAGAAAUAGUCGACAGUGUUCAAGAAGAUUUGAUGAGAAAAUUGGAAGAAAUAAAUUCACAACAGCUACCUAGUACAAGCAAAAAUGAACAACCCAACAAGGACUAAGAAUUUCCAGUAAAGACUCUACUUCUUCUAAGCCAUUAAGGAGGAUAACAAAAUUAAAAGAAAACAAUUUUGACAUUGAUGUCAAAAUGUUUCAUUCAA